AAGAUCCUUGACAAAUUUUCCCUCGACAAAUGAUGGAUUUUUGUGUUUUCUUCUCCUGAUUAGGGAUUGAUUCUUUGUUAUUAAGUAAUGUCUUCAAAACCUGACGCGAAUCUUGACUCCUCAAAGGCAGGUUUUUCAUUUUCAUUUUGAGGUGUCAUAUGUGUUCUGUUUACUCUUUAGCAAUCUAAGGAGAUUGUAUGAAUUUGUACUAAAAUGAUCAUUUUAUGUAUGAGACAGUUGAGCAAUCUUCGACCGGAAGGAGUACCACCAGACCACAAACGUGGAGAUCAUCAACCACCAAAACCGAAAGAAAAUAUACCAUCAAACCUGUCACAUUUUGAUCCGAAAAAGAUGGAUACUCUCAUCAAGCCUGUUUCAAACCCAAACACCAACCAGAGCCCCCUUCCAAGUCCAAAAAUUCCAUCUAAUGCAGAAUACCAACAUGCCUCCAUGAACCCUCUUGUUCAUGUACAGGGGACUGGCAAUCACAGCCACAAUGACAGCUUGGAGACCUGUACUGCUACUUCUGCUCCUCUCAGGCCUCACACUGGAGGUGAUGUUCGAUGGGAGGCCAUUAAUAUGGUUUGCUCCAAAGGUCCAGUUGGACUAAGCAAUUUCAGACUUCUUAAACGCCUUGGCUAUGGAGACAUUGGAAGCGUCUAUCUUGUUAAACUCAGAGGAACUAAUGCCUACUUUGCUAUGAAAGUUAUGGAUAAGGCAUCCUUGGCAAGUAGAAACAAGCUUUUAAGAGCACAGACAGAAAGAGAGAUUCUUAGGCUUCUUGAUCACCCAUUUUUGCCCACUCUAUAUUCUUACUUUGAGACUGAUAAGUUCUAUUGCUUGGUCAUGGAGUUCUGUAGUGGAGGCAAUCUUCAUUCUCUCAGACAGAAACAACCCAACAAGUUCUUUUCUGAGGAAGCCGCAAGGUUCUAUGCAUCAGAGGUGUUAUUGGCUCUAGAGUAUCUGCACAUGCUGGGAAUUGUAUAUAGGGACCUAAAACCAGAAAAUGUGCUAGUAAGAGAUGAGGGCCAUAUCAUGCUCUCGGAUUUUGAUUUAUCACUUCGUUGCUCAGUUAGUCCAACACUUGUUAAGUCCUCAUCCCCACGUCAACAAAGCAAUGGUGGUGGCAAUGCUGCAACUGGAAUUCUGGAUGAUGAGUUUGUUGUGCAUAGCUGUAUACAGCCAUCAACAUUUCUCCCUAAAAUUUUGCCUUCCAAAAAAAACCGAAAAUCCAAAUCAGAUUUUUGCCUUGCCGUGGGAGGCUCUAUGCCAGAGUUAAUGGCAGAGCCUACCAAUGUGCGUUCGAUGUCAUUUGUUGGCACACAUGAGUACUUAGCCCCAGAAAUCAUCCGUGGAGAAGGUCAUGGCAGUGCAGUAGACUGGUGGACAUUUGGCAUCUUCUUGUAUGAACUACUUCAUGGCACAACACCAUUCAAGGGCCAAGGAAACCGAGCUACCCUCUACAAUGUUGUAGGACAACCAUUGAGAUUUCCAGAAACCCCCCAAGUGAGUUUUGUUGCUCGUGAUCUCAUCCGAGGCCUACUAGUGAAAGAACCACAAAAGAGAAUAGCAUACCAAAGAGGAGCAACAGAAAUAAAGCAACAUCCAUUUUUUGAGGGAGUGAACUGGGCUCUAGUCAGAUGUGCCAUGCCUCCACACUUACCUGAACCUGUAGACUUUUCGCAUUAUGCGAGCAAAGAGGCAUCCCCAGCAGCUAAAGAGAAGAGGGUUCCAGACCUUGGAGUUGGUAAUAACAGUGGUAAUCCUAAUGAUUCUUCUUACAUAGAAUUUGAGUACUUCUAACAAUGUAAACAAUUAAAAGACUGUCAUGAUAAGGUAGAACUUUUAAGGGUGUAAGAAAAAGAUACCAUUUUUCCCAGAACAUGAUCAAAUUUUUUCUGGUGAAAAAAGCGAUGACUGUUGUACAUUUGGGGAUGGAAAUUUUGUUUCAGGUGAAGAGUUGAUCCUUAAGUUUUUUUACAUGUAUAUGCCAAUUAAUGUCAAUCAUCUUAGCUGUAAUAUAGGCACAAGCCUUGU